GAGAAUAGGUGCGGGUGCUCCAGCUCUCUGGGCUCUAUUCAUUGCAUACCCAGCCUACAGGCUUGCUCUCCCAGAGCUUGCUGUAGUUUCAGAACCAAGCGGAGCUCUCGCUCAGGCCGCUGAACCCGCUUGGGUGGCAGAAAUCCCUGGCACGGCAGCGCCGGGGGAGCCGCCCUCCUCUGCAUAAGAAAAGAGGCUCGGUUCCGGCUGUGUUGGACUGCUGAGGAGGCAGUGGAGAGAGAAUCCCGCCGGGAGAGUGAGCUCGGACUCAACUCGGGGAAUUUUCUCCCCCUGGUCCUGGGCACUGGACUGGACGGGACGAACUGGACCGGACUGCGCCCUCCGCGCUAUUCAAGGGUCCCCUGGAGCUUGGCUCCUCUCCGUCUGACUGCAGCGGCCAGUAAGCCCAAGCAAGGAUAAAAGGGGAGAAAGACAAGGGGACUGGCCCAGGGCAACUGUGCAGAAUGAACAUGGGGCCAACAGGAGCACAGACUGAAGAGAAUCAGACAACAGAGGAAACAGAGGUUGAAUGGUAUGGGACAGCACAAACUACCCCAAGAGGUCAGCUAGCCCCUGACCCUAAACCAGGGCUUGCUGAUAGCACCAAGUUGAUUGAAGUUCAGGUUAUCCUCAUAUUGGCCUAUUGCACCAUCAUCUUGCUGGGAGUGAUUGGCAAUUCUUUGGUGAUCCAUGUGGUGAUCAAGUUCAAGAGUAUGCGUACUGUCACCAAUUUCUUUAUUGCUAAUCUCGCUGUGGCGGACCUUCUAGUGAACACACUAUGCCUUCCCUUUACCCUUACUUACACCUUGAUGGGGGAGUGGAAGAUGGGCCCUGUUCUGUGCCACCUGGUUCCCUAUGCCCAAGGCUUGGCAGUGCAAGUAUCCACAAUCACCCUAACUGUGAUCGCCUUAGAUCGACACCGUUGCAUUGUAUACCAUCUGGAGAGCAAGAUUUCCAAGCGGAUCAGUUUCCUGAUCAUUGGCCUGGCCUGGGGAAUUAGUGCCUUGCUGGCUAGUCCCCUGGCUAUCUUCCGGGAGUAUUCUCUGAUUGAGAUCAUACCUGACUUUGAGAUCGUGGUAUGUACUGAGAAGUGGCCAGGUGAGGAAAAGAGCAUGUACGGUACCAUUUAUAGUCUCUCUUCCUUGCUGAUCCUGUAUGUUUUGCCAUUGGGUAUCAUAUCUUUUGCCUAUAUACAGAUCUGGAGUAAGCUGAAAAAUCAUAUCAGCCCGGGUGUGGCCAAUGACCACUACCAUCAGCGUCGGCAUAAAACCACCAAGAUGUUAGUGUGUGUGGUGGUGGUGUUUGCAGUUAGCUGGCUGCCUCUCCAUGCCUUCCAACUUGCCAUUGACAUUGACAACCAGGUCCUGGACCUGAGGGAAUACAGGCUCAUUUUCACAAUAUUUCAUAUCAUUGCCAUGUGCUCUACCUUCGCCAAUCCUUUUCUUUAUGGCUGGAUGAAUAGCAACUACAGAAAGGCCUUCCUCUCUGCCUUUCAUUGUGAGCAGAGGCUGGAUGCGAUUCAUUCAGAGGUAUCGGUGACAUUCAAAGCCAAGAAGGACCUCGAGGUGAAGAAGAAUACCUGUGCCAAUGACUCUUUCACUGAGGCUACCAAUGUCUAAAAAGCUUGGUUUCUGAAAAGUUGGGGAAUGGUUUCCAACUAGAGUCACUAAGUGGCUUUCAAAGAGGUCCUUAGGCAUAUCCUCUUUCAACACAUUCCAAGAAAAACCCCAGCACUUUAGUCAAAACUUCUGCUGGUGAUUCAUUGGAGAGCUGAUAGUCAAUAUCUAUGUGCAAUUGUGCAAACUAAGGCAUACUGAAAGGGGGUUUUGUCUUCACUGGAUCGUGGGCUGAAUUUAUGAGCAUGAACAGAAAAGUUGCACAUGGUUUCUUUAUAAGAAAGUAGAAGGAAAGUUUUGCAUGCAAAGUCUCAAUGCAUGACUAACAUUUCAUUGAGGAAAGAAGAUAAGUACAUUUACCUGACAGCUCCCAACAUCAUAGGACUAUGAUUAGGGAUAUCCAUGUGAUUCACAACAUGCACCUCUUCUCACAAAUUACUCUGCAAAAACAUUUUUCUCCAGGGAAUAGCAUGAUGUUCUUGGAUAUUUUUGAUUUAUCUCUCGUCUCCCUAAAAACUGCUAUGAUGAUCCUCUCAGAUAGCCUGCUGAACAUUAUGGUUUUGAAGACUUUAGGAAAUAAAAUGAAGCCUUUUGGUAUUAUCAAUCAUUUGACAUUUGGAAGGAGAAAUGCCUCAAGACUCAAUGGGAAAACCUUUCUUGAAACAAAAUUCAUAUUUGGUUAGUGUUUUUUGAAAUAAGAGGGUGCAAGAUUGAACUUUUCAGCAGAAUAUAGGAAUGUAAACUCCCAUUCACUUUCCGGUGUAAUUUCUGCUUUUUAUCUGGAUAAUGUAGAUAGAUAAAACAGGAUAUGAUUUGAUCAUGUUGAAACACUGCUAAUUAUUAUAUAUUUUUAAACAUUUGGGUUUGUUUCACUUCUCCAGGGUUAGGCCUGGGUUCACCAUUUUCAGAUAUAAACUUAAAUUUGCAAGUGAAGUCUGGUUGAAAUUGAAUAAAACUAGACAUUCAUUCGGCUGCCUGUUGUAACCAUCAGCACUUCUUGUGGCCAUCAGUAAGUUGUUGAAGUUCAAGUAUAAAACACAAUUUACUGACUGCAUCUUAUGCUGUGAUCUUCUUCCAUUUUUCUGCCCCCCCUUCCCUUUAUGGAUUCAUUCAAAAUAAAGACAACAACACAAUUCAAAGUGGAGCUUAUUGGGUAAAAAGCAAUUGUUUUCUUUCCAUCUCAUACAUGUUCUCUUUGGAUCAAUUUCACUGUAAUUGUUCAGUGUUCUUUUUUCUUUCUUAAAAAAGUGUUUUUGAUAAUGUAGAAAUAGAUACAUAAUAUUAUUAUUAUAUAUGUAUGUAGUGGAACUUUAAUGUAAUCUGAUGCCUUUGUUUUAAAAAGUUUCAUGAAUAUAAUGUUCACUUAUUUGAAGAGAUAUUCAUUACCCUACUUCACUUUUUAAUAAGAGUCAACAUAUCUUUGAAUUUGAAGAAAGAUUGGUGGGUAUGGUUUCAGUCAAUGUGAGUCCUUGAUAUCUAAGAAUUACAGUGAGUAUUAGCUUCAGCCAAAGUAAGAUAUUGAUGUUUAAUAAUUCUAAAAGGGCUGAGAGUUGGAAAUAUGAUUUCCAAUGGGAAAUCCUUAGGUGUAUGAUGAUACUUUAGGGAGAGGUAAUUGUCAAAGAGUCUGAUUGGAGUCUAUGGUUUCCUUUGCCAGCAGGCGGGCUCCCAAAAUGAUGAAGGAGUGUUAGGGGCUUUUUUCUUUCUCCCUGUUCCAAGGUUCUUGGGGGGGGGGCUCAAAAAUGGUAUUUUUUGACCCUCAUGAAAUCGACCUAAAUAGAUUUAAAUAUAUUUAGUCUUUUGGACACUCUUUUAAAGAUUUUUUAUUACCAUCAUAUUGUAUCUGGUGAAUUAUAAGUACCAUCUAUAGAUAGUUGCUAUAUUAAAAAAACUCAAGUAGCUGAAUAUUGCUAAUGUUUCAUUUCUUUGUAAAUGUGACCAUUAUAAAUUGGAGAAAUCUAUUUUGUUAACCUUGGACAAGAAUCAGUGGAAAGCGGGAUGGAUUCAAAGUUCUGAUAACUUAUUUCAGCUCCCAGCUGUCUUUUUAUACCCAGUGACUUUGCGCAAGUCAUUUAGCUUUUCAGAGGUUUCAGAGGUGAAAUGAGAGUAUAGGAAUCAAUAAACUUCAAGGUUCCUACCAGGUUUGAAUCCUGUGACUUAUGGUCCAUUAUUUAAGUAUUUUGGGGGAGUGGUUAUAAAUAAAACACUACUUCUUAGACAGACCAAAUUUCUUUGAAGUAAUAAAAGAAGUACAACAAGAAGUGAAAUUAGAAAGAUAAAAGGGUGGGUAGGCAAGGAAUAAUGUAUAUUGCUACAGUAUUAUAUGAUUAAAUAAUUUAUUUAUCUAUUGUACAUAAUUUUACUGCUUACAUCAAUUUUGUCUCUGAAAUAGUGUGUCCAUUUCUUAGGAAGUUACUUAGGUCAAUUAUAGGUUAAAUAUAAUGCAUAAAUAAUAUAGAAUAAUUCUUCCCUAGGAAAGCAGUUCCUAGAGGGAGCACCCAUACAUUUCCCUAACAUCUAUGAUGUGAUAGUAAAAUCGUAGUCUGUCUGUAUCAUUUUUUAACUAUAUAAUAUUGGAU